UUUUUGAAUAUGGUUUUUUGAAAAUUUUAUACAACUUGUUUGGUUAUUCUGAAAAAUGAGUUCUGUUUUCAAAAAAAAUAAUCAUCUGAUUCUUCACGUGAUGGGAAUAGGUAGGCUUUAGUAGAAUCUACUUCUACUCCUCUUCAUAGCCUCUGCCUUGCUCUUUAUUACCUUUACCAAACAUUUUACCACAUCUUCACUUUCGUUGAUAUGCGAAGGUCGGCAACACCAAAGCAACAACGACGGCCAACGACAAAGACACUGUUCAGGUGUGGUCGCUUUGAGCUCAGGGUGACGAAGAACCGACGACAAAGAGUGACACCAUCAGUUUCUUGUGAUCGAUUCGAUCUCCGCUGUACCAAGAUUCGUGAGGAAAGGAUUCAUUUAGGUACACCCCCAUUUACUGAACACGCUUUGAAGACGAAGCAAAAGGCAGCACACACACCAGACUCUAUUGCAUCUUCUUUUGCUGAAAACGACAUGGAGAUGGACAGUGAGGGGUUCGUGGAGGAUGUGCAAGAACUGAGGUUGUGGCCAAGUAGGAUUGAGUUGGCCUUCAUCCAAUUGAUGGUCGAGGAGGUGAAGCAAGACCUUUCGGUAACCAAAAAAAACACUUUCACCACAAGGCAUUGGACUCGAAUUGACGACGAGCAGUACAGUCAGUUCAAAGUUAGGUACACAGUUAACCGUUUGAAACAAAAGUACCACCGCAUCAGGCAAGCUUACAAUACAUUCGUGAAAUUGAAAAACCAUACGGGGUUCGGUUGGGAUGAGCAGAGAAAAACGGUCAUGGCCCCGAAUGAUGGCUGGGAUCACUAUGUUAAGGCACAUCCCAGAGCAAAAGUGUUCAAGAAAAAGGGUCUAGACCACAUUGACUUGUUAGACGUCCUCUUUGCUAACUCCCAAGCCACUGGCACACUUGCCCGUGCUUCAACCCAAGGACCCCCAACCUCUGAUGAAGAAAGGGAUAUCCAAAGUGCAUCCUUUGGUGUUGGAAUCAACUCAAAUACCGAUUAUAUCCCUAUUGAUGACGACAUUGACCGAGAUGAUGACCCGAAGGUAGGUGGGAGUAGCGGCAACGAUGGUGGGCGAAAGGGUGCACACUUUGAUUUGGCACUUGAUACAUGGACUGCCACAAACCUUGCAAAAAAAGAAUUUUUUGCUCGCCAGAACAAAAUGGCUGAAGCGAGCCAGGCCGAGAAAAAACAAAACUCCAUUGCAGCAUGUAUCCAGUGUUUGGCAACAAUGGACGAAAUCACUCCCGACCAAUACGUUAAGGCGUGUGAGAGUUUCCGAGAUAAAGCAACGAGGAAAAUGUUCAUGUAGAUGCUACCCAACAUGCAGAUGCAUUGGGUUCAUAAGCUUGCUUAGGAAUUAUGGACUUUGUACAGAUGCAAUUUUGUUUUGUUCAGCAUCCAAGUUGUUGUAUGUCAACGUAUGUAGCUAAAACACUAAAAAUCGGCGCCUACUUUUUUUUUUUUAAUCCAUGUAUUUCAUCUGUCAACUAUGGUUAUGUAAGGAAGUUAUGGACUUUGAUACCUGUCAUGCAUAAUGAGGUGGGAUUCUAUGGAUACAGGGUGUUGUCUAUUUAUUCUGAUGUUCAAGUGGGAAAAUCCA